AUGACAAUCGCUGCACAGGGGGUUCCCUCCGGUCCCUCCGCCACGAAGCCGCUACAAGUGGCUUCAUUGUACGUUGGCGACCUCGAUCCUGCUAUUAAUGAGCCACAGUUGGUGGACAUCUUUAAACCGUAUGGAACUAUUCUCAACGUCCGCGUCUGCCGUGACAUCAUCACGCAGCGCUCAUUGGGAUACGGUUAUGUGAACUAUGACGAUGUGAAUAGCGCGUCGAAAGCCAUGGAGGAACUCAAUUUCAAGCGAGUGGGUGAAAAGUGUAUCCGAAUCAUGUGGCAGCAGCGUGACCCAGCACUGCGGUACAGCGGAAGUGGUAAUAUAUUCGUCAAAAACCUUAAGGAGGAGGUAGACAGUCGGGAAUUGAGUUUGAUAUUCAAGAAGUUUGGUGAGAUCCUUUCCUGCAAGGUGAUGGACGAUGAGAGCGGGAAAAGUCGCGGUUACGGCUUUGUCCACUUCAAGGACGACGAUGCAGCCAAAGCCGCCAUCGAGAAAAUGAACGGUGACAAGGAACACGCCGAUGCGGAUAAGGCAGCACUGUAUGUUGCCAAUUUCAUUCGUCGUAAUGCCCGUCUUGCCGCACUUGUGGCGAACUUCACGAACGUGUACAUAAAGCAGCUCCUUCCCACAGUUGAUAAAGACGUUAUCGAAAAAUUCUUUUCGAAGUUUGGCGGCAUCACGAGCGCAGCGAUAUGCAAAGACAAGAACGGUCGUGCAUUCGCCUUCUGUAACUUUGAAAAACACGAUGACGCAGUUAAAGCCAUUGAGGCGUCACAUGAUCAAGAGGUGGAAGGUGUUACGCAGCCUGGGGAGAAGUUGUACGUGCAGCGAGCUCAACCGAGAAGUGAGCGGCUUAUUGCACUCCGCCAAAAAUACAUGCAGUGCCAGUCACUUGGAAACAACUUAUACGUCCGUAACUUUGACGCUGAGUUCACGGAAAAAGACCUCAAUGAACUGUUCAAAGAGUACGGUGUUAUUCGCAGCUGCCGUGUGAUGACCGAUGCCAAUGGCAUAAGUCGCGGUUUCGGCUUUGUAAGUUUCGAAAAUGCGGAUCAGGCAAACGCCGCACUCCGUGAAAUGAAUGGUCGUAUGCUGAACGGGAAACCUCUCGUUGUCAACAUUGCGCAGCGCCGUGACCAGCGCCUCACCAUGCUGAAGUUACAGCUCCAGCAACGCCUGCAAAUGAUGAUGCACCAUAUGCAUCCUCCUCCGUUCGGUAUGCCGGGGCAUCCACUGCAGAGACGCAAUGCCCGCAGUGGCGGCCGGGGCAACCGUCCGCACCCACGUCAACAACAGCCACAACCUCAACCUGAGCCGCAACCACCACUCGCCACUACGGUGCCACCAGCAGCGGCUCACAGCGUUAUGUUUACCGCACCCUCAAUGGGUUUCUCCGCCGUACCCCGUACUCCUCAGGCAUCACCUGCCAUCGCUCCCGAUACACCACCGCUGCCGCCCAUCUCAGCUGAAGAUCUGCAACAAAUGUCGGUGGACGAACAACGCGCCGCUCUGGGUGACAGGCUCUACAUUAAGGUGCAUGAGCUUGCUCCGGAUCACGCACCGAAAAUUACUGGCAUGUUCCUUGAGAUGAACCCUAAGGAGGCGUUAGCCCUCCUUUCCAACCCUAAACUAAUGCACGAGAAGGUUACAGAAGCCCUCUGUGUGCUAAAGGUACACGCCUCAAGCGCUUAA